AUGGCCAAAAUUGAUCACAGCAUCGUAGAAGCAUUGGGACCAAAGCCUUCAUGGCUACCGGAUACAAUUUACCACCAACUGCAUAUUGCUCACCAGGGAUACAGAUUUUGCAAUGUUCUUGGCAAUAAUGAAACCACAUCUACGGGGCUUCUACCAAGACCAGCACCGCUCAUCCAGAUGUUCGACGGAGAAUUGCGUGCACAAGACACCCGUUUCGCUUCUAUAUGGAAGACCAGCGAUCACAUUUUCUUCAUGGCAACAAAACUUCAGCUAUAUUCUUUCACACUCACGCCGGCGGGGCUCGAGGCCGCGGAUGAUAUAUUGUCUCCAGAUAUAUCUAGAGAAUUCUUCGCCCAUGCCUAUCUUACAGCAAUGAGACUCUUACAAACCGCACUUCGAUCGUCGGCAGAAUUGCCUUAUUGGCCGGAACACCAAACCCGUUAUAUUCUCGAUGCAGUCUUAUUCCUUCUCAAACUCAUUGAAUGUUCUUAUGAAUUUGUUGACGAGGCUGCGGCGAGAAAUGUCAUCAGUCAAAUCUGGCAAUUACUCCGGGGUCGGUCAAAAGCCGAGGAGGACCACAUGUCCCGAUUCUGCGCUAUCAUCGAAUACUUGAGCCGCAACUGCUUGAAGAAGAAAAUUCCUUGGAUAAAAAUCACGUCGCGCGUAGCGGGAAAUUUAACGAUCGACUCCGCAUGGCGUGCUCGUGAUCGGUUCAGCGAAACUGUGAAAGCAAAACGACCGGCAGACUAUACAUCAGCUGCUGCUCUUGAGAGGUCUGUGGAAUAUGAUAUGCAAUCCUCGUUGCAAUUCUUGAGAGAUAUUGGUGACUGGGAUUCUUUUUUUGGGAGUCCGGCCUUACAAGGAGCAAUUGAAGAUUGA